AUGAGAGGCUUCAUCGCUCUCUCGCUCGCAGCCUGCGCUGCAGCUGCACCGGCCUUCGGUGUCGACACCAUCCACGGUGGUGCCGCUCCGAUCCUGUCCUCCACCAACGCUGAGACCAUUCCAGACGCUUACAUCAUCAAGUUCAAGAAGCAUGUCUCGGGCUCCUCUGCUUCUGACCACCACAGCUGGGUCCAGGAGAUUCACUCUUCUCGUGAGCAGGAGCGUGUUGAGCUGCGAAAGAAGCGCUCCCAGUUCCCCAUUGUUGACGACGUUUUCAAUGGCCUCAAGCACACCUACAAGGUCGGCGAGCACUUCAUGGGCUACUCCGGCCACUUCGAUGAGUCUGUCAUCGAGCAGAUCCGGAGGCAUCCCGAUGUCGAGGCCAUUGAGCGGGACUCCAUCGUCCACACCAUGAGCUAUGUCGAGGAGAAGAAGGAAGACUGCAGCCCGGAGACCGAGAAGAUGGCCCCAUGGGGUCUGGCCCGCGUCUCCCACCGCAAGCCUCUGUCCUUCGGAACCUUCAACAAGUACCUCUUCGCCGACGAGGGUGGUGAGGGUGUCGAUGUCUACGUCAUUGACACUGGCACCAACACUGAGCACGUCGAUUUCGAGGGCCGCGCUCACUGGGGCAAGACAAUCCCCGCCAAUGAUGAGGAUGUCGAUGGUAACGGCCACGGAACUCACUGCUCUGGCACUAUUGGUGGCAAGAAGUACGGUGUUGCGAAGAAGGCCAACAUCUACGCCGUCAAGGUUUUGAAGUCUAACGGCUCUGGUACCAUGUCAGACGUUAUCGCCGGUGUUGACUUCGCCGCCAAGAGCCAUCUGGAGCAGGUCAAGAAGGCCAAGGACGGUAAGCGCAAGGGCUUCAAGGGCUCUGCUGCCAACAUGUCUCUCGGUGGUGGUAAGACUAGCCUGCUCGACCAGGCUGUCAAUGCUGCUGUUGCUGCUGGUAUUCACUUCGCCGUCGCUGCCGGAAACGACAACGCCGAUGCCUGCAACUACUCCCCUGCUGCCGCUGACAAGGCCGUCACUGUCGGUGCUUCUGCUAUCGAUGACAGCCGUGCCUACUUCUCCAACUGGGGCAAGUGCACUGACAUCUUCGCCCCUGGUCUGAGCAUCCAGUCCACCUGGAUUGGCAGCAACACCGCCAUCAACACCAUCUCUGGUACCUCCAUGGCUUCCCCUCAUAUCGCCGGUCUCCUUGCCUACUACCUGUCUCUUCAGCCUGCCAGUGACUCCGAGUACUCUCUUGCCGAGAUCACCCCGGAGAAGCUUAAGGCUAACCUCCUGAGCAUCGCCACCGUCGGCACCCUGACUGACAUCCCCAAGGACACCCCCAACCUGCUGGCCUGGAACGGUGGUGGCUGCAGCAACUACUCUUCCAUCAUUGAGGAGGGCAGCUACACCGCUGAGCGCUCUGAUGACUCUGAUGUCCUCUCCUCCGUCUCUGAGCUCGAGAAGGCUAUUGAGCACGACUUUGAGGUCAUCUCCGGCAAGGUCACCAAGACCGCCUCUUCCUGGUCUAGCAAGGCCGAGAAGUUCUCCCAGAAGAUCCACGAUAUCGUCGAUGAGGAGCUGAAGGAGUUCUUCGAGGAGGUCACUGCCUAA